AUCAUUGAAAUAAAUCUAAAAAAAAAGUUUUUUUUUCUACAAUUUGUCUAUGUGUGAGUGAAUAUACGGAAUUUUUUUCAUUUCGUUUGUUCGUGUGCUGCUGAAUUGCUAGAUAUACAUAACUUUUUUCUUAUAAAACAAUUAUCUCUUUUUAAACGAUUUUAUUUGAAAUAAAAGACUUGUCCCAUAAAAUUGUUUGAAUACUGAAAAAUUUCCUAAGGGGAAAGCACCAAAAAAACUAGCAACUGAUUGGAAAGUAAUAUGAGUAAUGCUAUUAACCAAAAUGGCACAGGUCUAGAGCAGCAAGUUGCUGGUCUGGACUUGAAUGGCGGCGAAGCUAAUAAUAGCAGCCCCAUAACAACUAAAAAUUCUACAACUUCUAGCUCUGGAGGCGGCGUUUAUGUGCCUCCACAUUUAAGAGGUGCCAGUAGUAGUAGCUCAUUAAAAGCUUCAUCUUCAACUGACGUUUCACAACCUCGUGACGAAUCAAGAGGCGGUGGAAAUAGUGGUAAAUUCGAUAAUAGAGAUCAACAACGUGGUGGUGAUUAUCGCAGAGGAGGCGGUGGUCGUAAUUUCAAUUCACGUGGUGGUGAUCGUCAAAGUGGUGAUUUUAGUAAUUUUGGUAGUGGAGGAGCUGGUAGCGGUGGUGGACGUCGUGGUGGUGGCGGCGGUGGCCGAUACGAAGAUAACGGUGAUAACGAAUCAAGACGCGGCGGAGAUAACUGGAACCGCGGCGGCGGACGUUCUCAAAACAAUCGCAACUUCGAACGUCGUGACGACGAUCGUGGUGGCAAUAAUUAUCGCGGUGGAGAUCGCUCAAGCAGUCGCAAUGAGACAACUGCUGAUGAUCAACAACAGCCUCGCAACAAUCGUUGGCAGGAGCCAGAACGCCGUCCAGAUGAGCAACGCAAUGGCGGUGAGAGUGGCGGAAGCGGCGGCAGCGGCGCUGGUGGAAACGGCGGCGGUGGCGAACGCAAAUAUGGUGGUCGCUGGAAUGAAGAACGUCGUGGUGACGUCGAUUAUACCAAGCUGGGACCGCGUGACGAGAGACUUGAAGCGGAGCUGUUCGGCACCGGUAAUACCGGCAUCAAUUUUGACAAAUACGAGGAUAUACCCGUGGAAGCGACGGGUCAAAAUGUUCCCCCCAACAUCACAUCCUUCGAAGAUGUGCAGUUGACCGAAAUUAUACGCCAUAAUGUGCAACUGUGUAGAUAUGACAAACCGACACCGGUACAAAAGUACGCGAUUCCAAUCAUUAUAAGUGGACGCGACUUGAUGGCUUGCGCCCAGACCGGUUCAGGCAAAACGGCUGCCUUCUUAUUGCCGAUCUUGAAUCAAAUGUAUGAGCUUGGUAUACCACCACCACCCCAAAACACCCGUGGCUACAAUCGUCGUAAGCAAUAUCCAUUGGGUUUGGUGCUGGCACCAACUCGUGAAUUGGCUACACAAAUCUUCGAAGAAGCUAAGAAAUUCGCCUAUCGCUCACGUAUGCGCCCAGCCGUCUUGUACGGAGGCAACAAUACGUCCGAACAGAUGCGUGAAUUGGAUCGCGGCUGCCACUUGAUCGUGGCCACUCCCGGUCGCUUAGAAGAUAUGAUAACCCGUGGCAAGGUGUGCUUGGACAACAUUCGUUUCUUGGUCUUGGAUGAAGCUGAUCGUAUGUUGGACAUGGGUUUCGAACCUCAGAUCAGACGUAUUGUGGAACAAUCAAAUAUGCCCGUAACCGGACAACGCCAAACACUUAUGUUCUCAGCAACAUUCCCCAAACAGAUUCAGGAGCUGGCUUCAGAUUUCUUGAGCAACUACAUUUUCUUGGCUGUCGGCCGUGUGGGUUCCACCUCGGAGAACAUUACACAAACCCUAUUGUGGGUGAAUGAACACGAUAAACGUUCGUAUCUCUUGGAUCUCUUACAAACCAUACGCGAUGGUUUGGAAUACUCCAAGGACAAUUUAUGUUUGAUUUUCGUUGAAACCAAGAAGGGAGCCGAUGCAUUGGAGGAAUUCCUAUACCAGUGCAGUCAUCCCGUCACCAGUAUUCACGGUGAUCGCACACAGAAAGAACGCGAGGAAGCCUUGCGUUGUUUCCGAUCCGGAGAAUGUCCAGUUUUGGUCGCCACUGCCGUGGCCGCUCGUGGCUUAGACAUUCCUCAUGUUAAGCAUGUCAUCAACUUUGACCUGCCCUCCGAUGUAGAGGAAUACGUACAUCGCAUUGGUCGUACCGGACGUAUGGGUAACUUGGGUGUGGCCACCUCAUUCUUCAAUGAGAAAAAUCGUAACAUUUGCGGCGAUUUAUUGGAGCUGCUUAUCGAAACAAAACAGGAAGUACCCAGCUUCUUGGAAGAUAUGAUGGCCUCCGAACGUUCACAUGGCGGCAACAAGCGUCGCGGUGGCAGUGGAGGUGGUCGUUAUGGCAGCGGCGGCGGUAGUGGCUUCGGCUCUCGUGAUUACCGUCAAACGUCUGGUGGUGGUGGCGGCGGCAACCGCAACAGUAGUCGUGGCGGCAGUUCUGGUGGUGGCGGCGGAGGUUCUUACCGCAGCAAUGGCACUUCUGCAUAUGGUAGUGGUGGAGGCGGUGGUGGUGGUGGUAGCAGCUCUGGUGGCGGAUACUACAGCGGUGGUAAUUACGGCAAUGAUGGCGGUAAUUAUGGCGGCAACUCUUCUUCUGGCCCCGACUGGUGGGGAAAUUAAAACUACAACCACCACCAACCCACACAACAAACACACAUUUUCAAAGAGUAAAUUUAUAAUCGCAAGAAGUGAUUUAUAGAAGAAUGAAUGCAUAAGAGAGAGAUAGAGAUAAAAAAGAAUGAAAUUUUCGAAGAUGCGAAGAAAACCCCCCAACAAACAAGAGCAAGAUAAAAAACAAAAAUAAUAGUUGAUCAAAACCAUAAACAAAAUAUCACAGUAAAUUAAAUUAAUUAAUAAAUAAACAAACAAACAUGCAACAAAAUAUAAGCAAAAAUCUUUUGAAAUAUAUUACAAAAAAUAUAUAUAUUAUAUAAAUAUUAAUUAAAACAUAUUUUAUUUAAAAAACAAAAAACUUAAUAAUUUUUUUCAUUUCUUUAUUAUUUUUUUUUUUAUAUAAAUAAUUACACCAAUUGUCUAAAAUUGAAUCUUUGAAAUAUCUACAUCUAUAGUUUACAUAAACACACUCAAAAAAACACAAGAAAUUAGCAGAAGAAUUCGAAUCAUAUACACUUAAUUAAUAAAACUUUCAUUUUAUUACAAUAUGUAAUUUAAUUAUUUUCUUUUCUUUUUUUUCUAUUUCACACACGACAACCUUAUAAAACAAGAAAAAUAAUUAAAUAUAACAAUGUAAUCUUAAAAUACAAAAAUAUAAAUGUUUUAAAAUUGAAAUAUUACAACAGAAAAACUUAAAAAAAAAACAUAAAAAUCGCUAACUAUUAAAAAAAUCAAUAAAAACUAGAAAAAAAACCGUAAAAACCCAAAA